AAUGAUUCAGGGGUAACACAAGUGCCUCUCAAAUCUCGCACGCAACUUGAGUCAUCAUUUGUCACUUUUCAGAUUUUGCGAGGACGUGACCCUGAGCCAAAGUAUAUUGCUUUGUAAAACUAUGGGUGAUAAACCGCCGGACUGGUCCACUCUAAUCAACAAGAAAGGGGAAUUUGUGCGGUCACCGUCAUCUUUUCGUGACUGGGUAACAGCUGACGGAUCGAGCGGUUUUCCAGCUGAAGCGAAUCGUUACCAUCUCUACGUGUCCUUGGCUUGCCCUUGGGCUCAUCGCACAUUGAUCGUGCGGAAACUGAAAGGGCUAGAAAAUGCCAUAUCCUACACUGUAGUUGACUGGCUCCUUGGUCCCGAAGGGUGGUUAUUCACAGACAGCAAACCGAAGUGUACUCUAGACACCCUGAACGGAUGUCAAACGCUGCGAAAGGUGUAUCAACUUGCCUCUCCUGGUUACGAGGGCAGGGUCACGGUACCUGUGUUGUGGGACAAACAUAAUAAGAAGGUCGUCAACAACGAAUCCAGUGAGAUUAUUCGAAUGUUCAAUAAGGAAUUCAACGCUUUCUGCGCCACAGACGAGCAGAGGAAACUUGAUUUGUACCCGGAGCACCUCCAAGAAAAGAUCGAGGAGCUCAACGGCUGGAUUUAUCCGUAAGCUGCAGUAGUUGAAGUAUUACCUAAUCUGUUUAUGAUUGAUAAAUUUAUUGUUGUUGUUGUUGCUGUUAUUUGUUAGAGGUGAUCUUGAUUCACCGUUAAUAUUAUUGUAAAUAGUAAUUGGCAGUCAAUUUCAGCAAAAUAUUUUCUGAACUCUUUUUCAUUUUACAUGCGUAGAAAUUUUAUCUAUCCUCUUUGAUAGAGUGAAGGAUCGGGGUUUCUCUACAACCACUCCCCCUUCAUACCCUUUAAAUACCUGUAGGGUGUUUUUUUUUUCAAAGUCGAGGGUGAAAGAACUAUUUCAACACUGCUAUUCAAUGCUUAUGUCACAAACUGUUGGUGUUUUUUAUUAAACAUAAUGCUUUAAUACUAAUUAUUGCAUGACACUUUCAUCCUUUUUAACAUAUUAUCAAGAAACAUCAACAAUGGUGUCUACCGGUCAGGUUUUGCUACAUCACAAGAAGCAUAUGAUGCUGCAGUUAGAGAUGUCUUCACACAUCUUGAUAAGGUGACAAAUGGCAUUAAAUAUGAAAUGACACAUUCAGCCCUGUGUGUGCAGUCUCCCAGAAAACCAUAGGGAAAACUGGUUGCAUGCAGAGCCAGAUGAGUUGACAUGAGCUGCUUUGGGAAAAGGAAUUCUCCCUUUGCUCACAGGGUCCCUUUGCAUUUUCUGAGAACAUGAAUCAAUAUUAUGGACUUCAACUUAACAUAAAGCAAAUGAGAUGAUAAUUUCAAAGAGUUUGUUCUGAGAUGAAGAAAAAAAGGAAAAAUGUUUACUGUACAAUCUUUUCUUUUAUUUGUCCUGUGGGUGCCCUUCCUUUGUUUGCAAGUACAUCCUAUUUAGGUUGAAGAAAAUUUUCCAAAUUUUCCACACUCAGUAGUCAUAUGAUAAAAUGCUUAUUGACCAAGUAGGAUAGGGCUCUAAAUAUUUUUAGUCAGUCACUACAUCUAGUCUGUAUGUCAUGAGCUUGAGCCAAAUAUUUCCCCAUCAGGCCUUCCCACUCUAUCAUUAUGUAGACAUUUUUAUCCAUCAAACAUUCCAACAUAUAUACUAUUGGUUUAAAUUCAUGACAUGGCUGAAAAUACUCAUGUUAAAACUAAGAAUGUUCAAGUGAAUUGUAUAUCACCUGAUAAUUAUGUCCUAAUUUUGAAAUGUUACAUUUGGUAUCACCACCUCUUUCUUUUAACUUACAUGAUUCAAGAUUAAUUUGUUCAGCCCUCUUUGCAAUCUCUACCCUCAAAUACUCUUAUUGAGAAGGAAACCCAUGUUGAUUCAUUGGGUAGACCUAAAACAUUCAAUAAUUUGUUUAUCUUUAUUAUCCAGGUAGAAGAUAUCUUGAGUAAAUCUCGUUACUUGACUGGCAACACCAUCACAGAGGCAGAUGUCCGUCUUUUUACAACUCUUGUUAGAUUUGAUAUGGUCUAUGUUGGUCAUUUUAAGGUGCUACAGAAUUAACAAAUUUUUUAUAUUGUUUUUGUUGUUAGAAACUGCAAUGAGCAGUCAUGUAUGAUGUAAAGCCUCUUUUGAAAACCAUAGUUCUGUCCAAAUACCUUAAGCCCUUUGUCCCUUAAGAGUGACAAACAUCUCAUUUCUCCUUGCAAUGUCACCCCUGAAUCACUCUUUAAUUUUACAAGAAUAAACAAAAUGAUCACCAUGUAAAGAAGCCCUUGAUUGUUACCCAAAUUCUCCUUGUCAGCACCUUAGGAAAUGGAUAGAGAACAGUAUGGAGAAUAUACUGUAUAUAUGUGAGUUUCUAGUAAUCAUGAUUAUAAUUUAUAUGUUUUAUGUUAUUAUUUUUUUUUUUGUAGUGCAAUAAAAAACGUAUUAUGGACUAUCCAAACAUGUGGGGAUAUGUUCGGGAUCUGUAUCAAACAAGUGGAAUUGGUGAAACUGUGGAUGCUGAACACAUUCAAAAGCAUUAUCAGGUAAAUAAAUACUUGCAGUUGGAAAAUCAGGAGUUUUCCUUUUGGAGGGUCCAACAGAACAUAGUGUCUUGUCAUAUGAGGGCAUGCCAGGAGGGUUAACACUUUAUUAAUUUUAUUUUUUUCUUCUUUUAUCAAGAGAGGGUUCAUAUGUACCCUUGCAGAUCCCCGCCCCCCACUCACUCCUAAUAUGAAAAUGCUACCAUUGCACUACUAGUGUAAGGAUUAAUUAUCAUUAGUUCAAAUGAUUUUGGAUGAAACAUGUAAAUUUGGUGGAAUCUAAAAAUAAGGUGAUGAUGCGACAAUAUUUUGUUUUGUUUUUUAACUUUGCACAAAAUUUUUGUAAAAUUGAAAAGAACUGCAAAAAUCAAACAUGGGAAGAAAGAUCUAUAUAAUUCAGAGAUAUAAACAUAGAAAGAAGUGACAAGUUUGGCCAUGAAAGGAAAGGAUUGCCAUGAAUUGAAAACAACAGCUUGUGAAAUAACUGGCCUUUAUUUCAAGACAUGCAAAGUAUGAUGACCAACCUCCUUUGAAAAGUUUAAUUCAAUUGCAUUUUGGCUCUGAAAUAUAGGGAAUCUUAUACAACAACAGUUAUUUUUCAGUUAGAUUUCUUAAAAGAGAAGGCAAUGUGUGUUAACUGCUUAUUUUCAUACAUUUUGUUACAGCAAAGUCACUUGAAGAUCAACCCACAUGGUAUUGUGGCCAUUGGCCCAGACCUAGACUUCAACAAGCCACAUGGUCGACAGUAACGAGCUGUCAAAAACGUGAAAAAGCUGUAUUACGCUUACUUAUUAACUCACAAUUUAUUCACUUGAUUGGAUGAUUUUACCACAAGGCUUUGGUUCACUCCCACUCACAACUCGUGGCUUAUUUGAAAGAAACACACACUCAGCAUCCCGUUGUAAGCAUGUGGAGCAGUGCAACAUUUGGGGCAAUGAAAUACAUGGCACAUACAUGAUUGUUUGGUUAUGUUUAGAUGAAUGAAAUCACUUAUAAAUGUCAAUCAAAUUAGGAAUAAUUCAUGUAUUGUACAGUUUCUAGAACCUCUUGGUGAAUUUUUAUAAGUUAUCAUACAUCAUAAUACAUUGUAAACUUAUAUGACUUCUAUUUUUUAAAUUUAUGCACCAGCCCAUGUUUGCCUUUGAGUCAACUUGCUUCAUUUGUAAAUGUUCUACUGAACUUCAUCAACUCUCUAAAAUUUCAUCAUUUCUGGAUUCAUAACCUUUUGAACAGCAACACAGAUCUGUUAUUUUUUGUUUUGAUUUUUUUGUUAAAACUUGUCUCACCUUUCUUAAGUCAACAAAAUUUUGAAUUUUUACUGUUAUUAAAACUUUUUGGACUUUUUUGUUCGGGAGGAACCACUAUUUAAAUCAAUUUUUUUAGGCUCUUUUUGAAAAAAACAAUUUUAGACCCUUGCUGUA